AUGGAGAAUCUUAAUGAGGAGCUAGUAAUGGAAAUACUGUAUCGAUUACCCGUCGAUUCAAUUUUACAGUGCAUCCAGUCCUUUCAAGAUGUUCCCUUCUCGUUGUUGACAUAUCCUAUGUUUGUCUGUAAUCCUAUUACUGGGGAAUACGUCAAUCUCCCAAGAUGUGGUGUAAAGGAGAAAGACUUUCCCAUUGGCAUUAGGUGUGGAAUUGGUUAUGAUUAUUCUAACAAUGUGUACAAGGUAGUGGUUGCAUCACACAACAUGCAUGAACUAGGAUCACAGCCUAAUCGUCUACAGGUGUACACUCUUGGUGAUGUCAAUGGUUGGAGGAAUAUAAAAAUUCCAUAUGAUUUAUCAGGAAGGUGUAUUCAUGUAGAUGGAACAUUUUUUUGGCUCGACGAUGAGCGGUGCAAUAUCAUUGCUUUCGAUUUGACAGAUGAAGUUUUUGAACUGCUCCCAAAACCACCUUUCUGCACCCCUAACAACACUUAUUACAGUAAGCUGCACAUAUUAAGGAAGGGUUUGUGUAUUGUUCUUGAACAUAACUCUAACUUGGAGAUUUGGUUGGUAAAGAAGAAGAAGAAUUUGCAGAUGCAUAACAGUGGUACCGGAGAGAGCACAGAUUGUUGGAGUUGGAUGAAGGAGUUAUCUAUGUCGUGGGAAGGGCUAGGGCUAUUCAGCAUGACCUUGGAUUUACUACCAGUCACUGUUUCAAAAAAUGGUCAAGUCCUAAUUUGGGAUUAUAAAAAGAAGGCAUUAUUUCUUUACGACAAGAGAACUUCGACUGCGAAAGAGAUCAUAGAUGAUGAUGUUCGUAAAGUGGAGUAUUUCCGUUCACUGCCUCACAUUAACAGCUUUGUUUCACUAAAAUCCUUGGGAAUGAAGUCAGAGUGGAUUUGA